CGUGACUUCCACAUUAUUACCAUAAUUUGAUGCCUCUUCGACUCUCUGCGCCUUGUUCUCUGCCUCCUCCAAUAUGCUUGUAGAUGAAACGACUUGAUGCGAUUUGAAAGAUACUAGCUCUCCGCUAUUUCCAGUGCGAUCCUCCUGGCCAUGUCUGUUCUUGACCAGGACCAGAUUCGUGCUCUCGACAAAACCCGGCAGCUGCUCCUCUCUCUUCACACUGCACUCGUCGCCCUCCGCUCAGAAGUCUCACAGAAUCCUGGACUUCCUUCCUGGCCGGCUCUUCAAGCGCAUGCAAACCUGCUCUCAAGCAAUCUACAGACAAUAGCCGACCAGCUCUCUACCCACAGUGAAAGCUUUUCUUCCACCCUUGUCAAUCCAUUACCUCAGUUUCCAGGCAAGGAACGAUCUUUUAUCCUAGAAACCCUCCUCCGAACCAAACUCGAACCUUCGACACAAGACUGGAUCUCGGACGGUGAGGACAUUGCUUCUCGACAACAAAAGCAGGGACAUGUCGGACUGGCCGAAGCUGAGCGCGACCGACUUUGGCAAUGGGGCCCACAUAGUGCCAAUAUGAUUGCGCGUGGCCAGAAAUGGGGUGCUGACUACACGCUGGAGGAAGUCCGGAAGGGCAUCGAGUCUGUUAGGACUGGUCUGCACAGAGAAUUAAUUGAGCCACAAGAUGAAGCAGAGGACGAGGAUGAGCAGGGCGACGAGGACGAAGAGGAUGAAAUUACCGAUGACGAAGCAGAGCAGAAUCCGACCGAGAACGACAACAAGAUGGACACUCGUCCGUCAGAUGUAUCUACCAAUGGUGCGCCAGACAAAUUUACCUUGGCUGCAACCUCAAUGAUGCCCAUGACAAGCUUGCAUAGAUUUAUGAGUACCGGCCAUUGAAAGACGGUUGGAUGGGCAGUCCCACUUCAAAGCAUAGCCUUUGGCAUCUGCUUCAUGGCUUGUCGAACACCCAGAUCUGCCAAAAUCUCUUCCGUACCACCCAGGAUGGCGUCAAACUUGUACGUGCG